CGAAGAAAGUGAUCACAGAAGUUGUCCAUCCACCUCGACAAAAUGGAGGCGGUAAUGGGGGAAGAAGAUCACGUCGAGGAGGCGACAAUCGUCGAGAGUGCUCGUGAUGCGCCUUUGCAAGCUUCAGAGCCGCUAGUGGCUGCUGAGGCUGUGGCGAUUGAGGGAGAAAAGGGUGCAGACGUCCCUGCGCAGGCUGGCGCAGUGGAAGAUGAUGCAGCGAACAGCAACGGCGCCCGAUCCGAAGAGAUGCGGGGUCAAGAGCAGUCAGAAGAGGAGCCCAAAGAAGAAACAACACUGGCGGAUGAGCAGCGCUCAGCACAGGCUGUGCCAGAGGCCGAGGAGGACACUGGCCUAGGCAAGGCGCAGGAAGAGACACAGGAACAGAUGCAGGAACAGCCAGUCUCGGAGGACACUGCCCACAUCUUGGCGAGCGGCGUGGUGCCGGCGCAGGAGGAGGAACAAAGUAAACAGCAAGCCCUCGAGCCAGCCUCCGAACCAGCUUCUGCGGACCAGGAACUGGCACGACUAAGGCAGCUCGUCAUGGCCACGAGGGGUGCCACCGCCCAGCCUUCUCUUCCGCCCGAAUUCGGGGACCGACCCUCGGAAGCAGAAGCAGCAGCCGAGACUAGCAGCAACCACACAGUGGCUGUGGGGGAAGAAGCGGAAGCACGAGGAGGGAAAGUUGGGCCAGUAGAGCUGGCUACAGAUGCAGAAGCCAAGAGCAUGAUGGAGAGGACGCUGGACAAGAUGGGAAGGCCAGACCUCAAUGUCGAUCAAGAUGGUAUCGAAAGCGACGAUGACGAUGAUGAUGAUGAGUCGUCAUCCAGCUCGUCUUCAUCAUCCUCUUCAUCUUCAUCGUCUGAUGAAGAAGACGAGCAAGAGAAGGUGAACCAGGGAGCAAACACCAAGAAACGGGUCCAGAAGCGAGCUGUGGCGCCCCAGGACGAGGACGAAGACGAGGAAGGCGGCGAGGGCGGAGGUGACCCUACCAAAGGGCCACGAACGAAGAAUGAGGUGAUCGAGACAACGAUUGACGAGCCACCGUUCAGCAAAGUGCCUCCGGAACUCGAAAUGCGACCGCUUGGAAAGAUUCAUUCCGUGGUCGACUGUGUCGUUGUUGUGGCCCAAGACACAGGCCGGGCACCCGGUCAGCCAGCUCCUGCCACCACGGUACCUGUCGACAUGAAUGGCAAACGAGGCGAGCAGGAGGGCGAAUACAGCGUCCUUGAUACUGGGAGCGUGCUGUGCCUGGACGACGGCAAUGUCAUUGGCGUCGUCUUUGAGACGUUCGGCUCGGUUCUGGCUCCACUGUAUGCGCUCCGUUAUGCCGAUGCGUCCAAGAUCGACAAGACGGUGGUGUGGGUUGGCAGACAGGUGCUGUACGUUCCCGGGGCAAGCACCUAUGUUCUCACGAGGCAGCUGCGAGCCAUGGGAAAGGGGAGCGACGCCAGCAACAUCUGGGACGAGGAAGUUGGAGACGAUGAAAUUGAAUUCAGCGACGACGAAGCAGAGGCAGAGUACAAGCGGCAAAAGAAAGCGGCAAAGGGAGGCGGCAACAAGGGAAAAAACAAGAGGCCCUACGAUGAAGGUGCCCCUCCUUCUUACCAGCAUCCAGACUACGACGCGCAGUCCUCAUCAAUGUCGCUGCCCUAUGACGAAGGCGCAGGUGACCUACAACAACAGGAUCCUUCUUCUUUGUCGGCUUACAACGUCAAUCAGCAUGGGCGGGGCGCCGGGUCUUCUAGAAGACCAUUUGGGCAGCGCGGACGAGGGAGAGGUCGAGGAAGAGGAGGUGCGAGCUAUCAGCAGCACCACUCCCAGCAAGGACCUCCCAACAGCAACGGAGCCUAUCCGAUGUACAACCCAGCGAUGCCUAUGCAGUUGCCCAUGCAGAUGCAAACGCAGAUGCAGAUGCAGAUGCCCUUUGCGAACCAGCCACAGCCAUCGUCGGCGGCACACCAGUGGCCCUUCCAUCCCCAUGAAAUGGCAGCCACCCACAAUGGCAGCUACUCUACUACACAACAACAGCAGCAACAGCAUCCAGCUUUCUGGCAACAACAGGCUCCUAUCGCGUCACCUUCAUGGCCAGGUCAAUACCCCAAUGCUCAAGCCACGACAGCUGUGGGAGGUUCCUGGGACAGUCACUACGCCGCAGCAGCUCAGCAAAGCUACGAUCCUCAGCAGCCAUCCUACCAGCAACAGCAGCAGGCCGCCCACCAACAGUAUCCUUACCACCACAACCAACAACAGCCCUGGAACGGUCAGCCACCACAAGAACGAUGAGAGGGCCAGGCCGCCUUGAAAUCAUUCGAUCCUCUCACAUUUGUGUAAAGAUACAAUGUAAUAGUAG